AUGGCAAUCUUCAAAGACUCGAAACCGCGCGUCUCUGUCGCUGAAUUCGACAUUGGAAUCAGUAGCUCCCAAGAUGCCGAGAGACUGCAAGUAGGCGCAUUCGGUGGUACAAACCACGAUGCUUCCGAUAUGCAUAGGAUGGGAAAGAAACAAAAGCUUCGGCGAAACUUCCGCCUAAUUUCCAUGAUAGGUUUUGUGGUUGUACUCCAGUCAACGUGGGAGAAUACACUUCUUUAUACUUACUUCGGGAUAUACAAUGGAGGCUCAGCAGGUAUUAUCUGGAUGAUGAUCAUCACAUGGCUUUUUGUCCUGGCUUUGGUUGCCUCUCUCGCCGAAAUGGCAUCAAUGGCACCGACCGCUGGCGGUCAGUAUCAUUGGGUCAGCGAGUUUGCACCGUCAUCGUUCCAAAAGUCACUCAGCUACAUCGUGGGUUGUGCCACGACGGUCGGUUGGAUUGCCGCUAUUCCUGCAUGCGCGCAAAUGCUUUCGAAAUCCGUCAUCGGUAUGAUCCUUCUUGCAUACCCAGAUUCCAACAUAGGACAGAUAUGGCAUAUUACACUCCUCAUGAUGCUAUUCAUCAUCCUCAUGGUCGGAUUCAACAUCUUCUUCACGAAGCGCCUGCCACUUGUCGAGGUCUGCAUGCUGGUACUGCAUGUAAUCGUCUUUUUCGCUUUCUUGGUCAUAUUUUGGACAAUGACUAAGCGCGAACCUAUGAUGAAUGUUUUCACGACAUGGAACAACUAUGGAGGGUGGAGUUCACAAGGUCUAUCGGCAUUUGUCGGCUUAUCCACCCCGCUCUGGUGUUUCAUCGGACCUGACGCUGGAGCUCACAUGUCCGAGGAGUUGAAAAAUGCUUCUUCUUCACUUCCCAAGGCCAUGAUGUGGGGCGCAUUUCUCAACGGGAUCCUUGGAUGCAUCAUGAUGAUCACCUUUAUGGUGUGCGGUGGUGCUUCAGAAGGUGUCAUAGCGUCUAUGACUGGCCAACCCGUGCUACAGGCCGUCUAUGAUGCGACGGGCUCCAUCACAGGUACGGAAGUUAUGGGAGCUUUACUGAUCAUCCUGGUCUUCUUCGCUGCCGUCUCUGUUACUGCUGCAUCUUCGCGUCAGAUCUGGUCUUUUGCUCGAGAUAGGGGACUUCCAUUUUCCCCAUGGAUUGAGCAAGUGCCCGCUAAUAAGGAUACUCCCGUCAACGCCUUGCUCGUCUGUUUGGGCUUAGCGCUCGCGAUCACAUGUAUCAACUUCGGUUCAGACGUCGCCCUAAAGGCAAUAGUUUCCAUGUCGAACGUGGCGCUAAUAUUGUCCUAUAUCAUCUCGAUUGGAUGCGUUCGGGCUAAACGACUCCGAGGUGAACCUCUGCUUUCCCGACGCUGGAGCUUGGGCAAAUUUGGGGGUGUUGUCAAUGACCUCGCUCUCGGUUUCUUGUUUGUAUCAUUCUUGUUCUCUUUCUUUCCUAUGAUACCGAAUCCUACUGCCAUCGACAUGAACUGGGUAUCAGUCAUGUUUGGUGCGUUGGUAAUUUUUGCCACAGUCAACUACUUUGUUAGUGCGCGAAAGAGCUAUACUGCCCCGGUGUCGCUGGUGAAGAAAGAUUAG